AUGAUUGGCCGCUCUAUAGCAGCUGCAGCGGCAACAACGACGAGCAAAAGAUCUGCGCCAAAAGGGUUUCUUGCGGUGUAUGUAGGCGAGAGCCUGAAGAAACAGAGAUACAUUGUUCCAGUUUCUUACUUGAAUCAGCCUUUGUUUCAAGCUCUUCUCAGUAAAUCCGAACAUGAGUUUGGUUUUGAUCAUCCAAUGGGCGGCCUGAGGAUUCCUUGCCCAGAAGAUACUUUCCUCACAGUAACUUCAAGGAUCCAAGGAUGA